AUGUCGUCCAAAUUCUCGCAAAAGAGCCUCCUCGGGCUGUCUCUGGCAGCUCUCGGCCUGGCUGUUCCAGCAGUUGCCGAUCCUGGAUUCAACUACGGAGGUGAUAUGGUUCGCGGUGUCAACCUGGGUGGCUGGCUAGUACUGGAGCCUUGGAUUACUCCCUCGAUCUUCGAUGAUGCCGGCGAUGCUGCCGUGGACGAGUACUCCCUGUGUGCAACUCUCGGCGCCGACCAGUGCCGUGCCGUGCUGUCUCAGCACUGGGCUUCCUUCAUCACCCAGGAUGACUUCAACCAGAUCGCUGCCGCAGGAAUGAACCACGUCCGUAUUCCCAUUGGCUACUGGGCCCUUACCCCUAUCGAGGGCGACCCCUACGUUGAUGGCCAGCUCGAGUACCUCGAUGCUGCCGUUGGCUGGGCUCGUGCCUCCGGCCUGAGGGUUCUCAUUGAUCUUCACGGUGCCCCCGGAUCCCAGAACGGAUUCGACAACAGCGGAAAGCGCGGCGCCAUCGAAUGGCAGCAAGGUAACUCCACCGAGCAGGCGAAGGAGGCCUUCAAGGCAUUGGCUGCCCGCUACGGCGGCGAUGCCGACGUCGUCACGGCAGUCGAAGCCCUGAACGAGCCCAGCAUCCCCGGUGGUAUCAACGAGGACGGCCUGAAGCAGUACUACUUCGACUGCUGGGGUGUUGCCCGCGAGGCCAGCCAGGACACCACCGUCGUCCUGCACGACGGCUUCAUGCCCACCGAGUCCUGGAACGGCUUCAUGAGCCCCGCGGCAGGCGUUUACUACGUCAUGAUGGACACUCAUCACUACGAAGUCUUCGACAGCGGCCUUCUCGCUCUGGACGCUAGCUCACACGUCCGUACUGCCUGCAACUUCGUCAAAGACCACGUCCAGACCUCCGACAAGUGGACUAUUGUCGGCGAGUGGACCGGUGCCAUGACUGACUGCGCCAAGUACCUCAACGGCAAGGGCAUCGGUGCCCGCUACGACGGAACUUACCAGGGUAGCAGCGCUAUCGGUAGCUGUGAUGGCAAGUUUGUCGGUACUGUUGAUGCUCUUCCCGCCGCAGACCGUGACAACAUCCGCCGCUUUAUUGAGGGCCAGCUGGAUGCCUACGAGAAGGGCAGGGGCUGGUUGUACUGGACCUGGAAGACUGAGGGUGCUCCUGAGUGGGAUAUGCAGCAGCAGCUUGCUGCUGGUGUCUUCCCUAAUCCCGUUGACACCCGUGCGUUCCCUGGCCAGUGCUAA